AUGGAGCCUCUGAGGGCCUGGCUCCUGUGCCUGCUGUUGCUGGGCCUUGUCCUUCCCGGUGUGACAAACCGAGCCCGCCAGCACUCCAUGGAGGUCCGCACCCCUGACAUCAAUCCUGCUUGGUACACGGGACGCAGGAUCCGACCUGUGGGUCGCUUCGGCCGGAGGAGGGCAGCUCUGCAGGAUGUCCCAAAACCUGGCCUGUGGUGCCGGCUGACCUGCCUUUCCCUGGAGGGCUGUGCUGGGUCCCCACAGGAUGAAUGA